AUGGCCGAUUACACUUUGAUUGUACCCACAAUCACUACGGGGAACAUCCCUCAAUUGACUAUUGACUUGAUGCUCUAUACGUAUGACUUUGUGCCAAUGGCAAGACUCGAUAGUACCUACUUGUAUCCGUUUUCAGGCCCUUUAGAUUCCGGUAACAAUAUCAGUACUAAGGACGAUAAAAAUAAUAACGGUGUUUGUACUCCAAUUGAAGCGUAUCGUUGUGAUGAACUUAAAGUAGUGCUUAUCCAACAACGAUCACCCAUAAUAGCUUCAUAUACCAAGCCAUUUGUGGAGAAAGUAUUGGUACCCUUUGGUAUACAAUUUAAACGAGCAGUGAUUUUAAGUUCUUCUGACUUUAGUAUUCAAGCUGAUUAUGCCGCUACAAACGUUCAUAAUGGGGUUGGCAAUUGUAAGUUUGAAUGGUUUGAAAGUAAUGAAUUGUUACCCAUCGCUCAACUUAGUCUUGAUGAAACCCGGGAAAAGUACUCUUAUGAUUCCAUCUAUGCCAAUUUACUAAUUGAGCUGAUGUUGGGAUCUCAGACUGAGUUGAAUCUUUUAUUGGCGUUUGUUUAUGAAGGUGAUAACUUCAAUGAUGCCGAAGAAAGUGCACGGUUUUUGGUUCAUCAACUUGGUUUACCUAAGAAAGAUUCCUUUAUUAAACCUAAAAGUUGGAAGGGCGUCUACGGAGACAAGAAGGUUCCUGUAGCUAUUGAAGAAGGACUUUUUGGUUAA